CUUUUGACAAAAAAAGCAUUAUUAUCCCGCCAACAUAGCAGCGAAACACAAGCGAUAGCAGAUAUCACGGAGAACAAAACGAUUAAAACAAGCACAAGUGAACUACAAGUGAAUUACAAUAAAGUGAAUACAACUAGUGAGACAAAUUACAGUGAACAAACGCAGCUAAACACGGAAAAACGUUUUUAAACAAGGAAUCCACACAACAUUAAACAGCGAUACUCCACAUCAACAACAACAACAACACAGGAAAAAGGAAUUUGCACCCACAACAGAUCAAUAUGGAUGUAGACGUGCCAUCUGCCCCGACACCAGCCACUCAUUCGGCCGUCAAUAUGCCAUGCCAAGCGGCUGCCCCAGUUGCAGCGCCCCGAACAGCCACACCAACGGCGCCUCGGAGUGGAACGGUAGCAUUGCCGUCAACACCCGCGCUAGUAGCAGACCCACAACGCCUUCGAUGCCCUCUAUGUCGUCGACCCCACCGUCUGCCACAAUGCGUCAUAUUUAAGGGAUUGCCACCGCAGCAACGCCAGCUGGUCGUCCAAGCGCGCGGCCAUUUGCUCAAUUGCCUGACGCCUAUCCACCAAACCCACGAGUGCACCUUGGGCAACCUGUGCCAGAUUUGUAUGCGUCGGCAUCACACCAUGUUGCACGGAAUCACUCGGAACGACACCUGUCAAUAUCCUGCCGGCCGCAACCGCGGCGCAGUGCGACGACCGCCAUUAAGACAGGAUGCACGGUCCCGUCGAACAAUAGGGCCAUCAUCAUGCCCGGCGGCCACAUAAUGGGACGUCAACACGACACCAGCAACAAAGACCGCGUCCGCGCCGCACCUCAGGCCUCAGCAGCGUCGUAGCCACCCUCCAGCAGCUUCGACGAAUUUUAGGCUGAAAUAUUCGCCUAGGGAGGCCGGGAUGGCUAAAUGAGCCUUAGUCGCCUGCCCCACACC